GUGCGUGUGUAUGUCUGUGCUAGUCGGCGGGGAGAAAUUUCCGCUUCCUCCACCGACAAAACAUCCACAGCAACUUGAGAGAAAGGACUUCCACUCCGCCACCCCCGUUAAGCGGCGGAUCUCCACGGUGUUAAAAGCGAAAGCUUGGAGCUAAAGGGAUCGUUAACUUAAAAGUAUCCACGGAACCGUUGUUUUCUUGUUUCGCUGCUGACAGAUAAAGGAGGUUGAAGAAGAAGAGAUAGAGAGAGAGCGAGAGCAGAGACGGAGAAACGGAGCGCACUAGCACCGCUGGUUUAAACGGACACGCAUACCUCCAGCAUGGAGCGCGGGGGGCUCCCGAAGACUGGAGGUGUUCCGUCUCCACAACCCUCCAAGCCGGUGACGAUCACCUCGAAUCGCCCGGUGCAGAUGAACCUGUAUGCAACGUGGGAAGUGGACCGAUCAUCUCCGAGCUGUGUGCCUAGGCUGUUCAAUCUGACCCUGAAGAAGUUGGUGAUGCUGAAGGAGCUGGAUAAGGAUCUGACAUCAGUGGUCAUCGCUGUCAAACUCCAGGGAUCGAAGCGUAUUUUGCGCUCCAAUGAAAUUCUGCUGUCUUCGGCUGGACUCACAGAGACCGACCUACAGCUCACAUUCUCUCUGCAGUAUCCCCACUUCCUGAAGCGCGAUGCCAACAAGCUGCAGAUCAUGCUGCAGCGCCGCAAGCGCUACAAGAACCGCACCAUCCUGGGCUACAAGACACUGGCCCUGGGACUCAUCAACAUGGCAGAGGUGAUGCAGCACCCUACGGAGGGUGCCCAGGUGCUGGGUCUCCACAGCCAGCUGAAGGAGGCCUCGGUGCCCGUGGCAGAGGUGCGCGUCUACAGCCUCUCCAGCCAGCCCAUCGACCAGCCCAGGGCCAAGGCUUCUGAUCGUUCUCCUGAUAUCGAUAACUAUUCUGAGGAGGAGGAGGAGAGUUACUCUUCAGAGCAGGAGGGCAGCGACGAUCCAGUCCAUGGACAGUAUCUGUUUGAUGAGGAGGACGAGGUGCGAAAGAAGAAGCCCAGGCGCAAGCUGACACCCAACGCCUCCAUAACCAGAGCUCAGCCCAACAUCAAGCAGAAGUUUGUGGCCCUGCUGAAGCGGUUCAAAGUCUCCGAUGAGGUGGGCUUUGGCCUGGAGCACGUGUCCCAUGAGCAGAUCCAGGAGGUGGAGGAGGACCUGGACGAGCUGUACGACAGCCUGGAGCUCUACAACCCCAGCGACAGCGGCCCGGAGAUGGAGGAGACCGACAGCAUACUCAGCACUCCCAAACCCAAACUACGGCCUUUCUUCGAGGGCAUGUCACAGUCCAGUUCUCAGACGGAGAUCGGCAGCCUGCACAGCAAAGGGAGCCUGCCCAGAGACAGUCACCUCUUCAGCCUGCAGGGGGAGCAGCCAUCAGGGGAGCGUAUGAAGCACUCCCAAUCACGCACACGCAACCUGGACGAAGCGCACUGCGAAGUGGACGUCCUGGAUCUGGGAGAGUCAGAGCUGUGUUCUGAGGGUCCCAGCAUCACGGUCUCCUCGGCAGACAAACACAAAUCCCCCAUGAAGACACACCGGAGUGAGAGCCAGCCCACCAUACCCUCACCAAGGCUGGAGGGCGUCCACACUCCGCGUCAGAAGCGAGGCAGCUGCACCCCCCUGAAGGAGCAGCGGCAGCUCUCCAAGCCGCUCAGCGAGAGGGGCAACAGCUCCGACAGCGAACGCUCUCCUGAGCUCGCACACACACAGGUGCUGAGGAAGGCGGUGUAUGACCAGUUGAAUCAGAUCCUGCUGUCCGAUGCCGUACUACCAGAGAGCCUCAUCAUGGUCAAUGCAACAGACUGGCAAGGACAGUACGUGGCAGAGCAUCUCCAGGCCCAGAGGCAGCCGGUGGUGUGCACCUGUUCAGGAGCUGAGGUGCAGGCCGUCCUCUCAGCCGUGCUCACACGCAUCCAGAAGUUUUGUAACGUUAACUCGUCCAUGCCGCGGCCGGUCAAGGUGGCGGUGGUGGGGGGGCAGUCCUACCUCGGCUCCAUCCUGCAGUUCUUCGUCUCGCAGCUGGCCAACAAGACCUCCGAUUGGCUCAGCCACAUGCGCUUCCUGGUCGUGCCUCUGGGUUCUCACCCCGUUGCUAAGCACCUGGGGGCUCUUGACAACCGCUACAGUUCCUGUUUCCUGGACGGAGCCUGGAGGGAGCUCUUCAGUCGCACAGAGCCUCCACAGACAGAUUUUGUAGAUGUGGCUACCCGGAUCAGCCAGUAUGUCAGUGGAGCGUCCCUCACGCACCAACUGCCCAUCGCUGAAGCCAUGCUCACCUGCAAACACAGAAUGCGUGAAGAGGACUCCUAUCAGAAGUUCAUCCCCUUCAUUGGGGUGGUGAAGGUUGGAUUAAUAGAGGCUGGCCAGUCCUCAUCAGGAGACGGAGAAGAGGGCGUGGCUGUGACCUUGGCUGUUCCCUCCACGUCCCCUCCCUCCCACGGCUCCCCUGCCAGCCUCAAGGAGACCGCCACACCCCCAUCCUCUCCAUCCAUGGGAGGCGUGCUCAAUGUACAGGGGAGUCCCAGUAACCCCCAUGCGAUGGACGCCAUUGGUCUGCAGGUGGACUACUGGCUGGCCUCAUUGGCCGAGAAAAGGCGUGAGGGAGAGAGGCGGGACACGGGCUGCAAGAACACGCUCAAGUGUGCCUUCCGCUGCUUACAAGUGAGCCGGCUGCCACCAGGGGGUGCGAGUGAGCCAGCACAGGCCCAGGUCAGCACCAUGGCCAUGAGCGUCGUCACCAAAGAGAAGAACAAGAAAGUGCCCACCAUCUUCCUGGGUAAGAAGCCGCGUGAGAAGGAGGUGGACUCCAAGAGCCAGAUGAUCGAGGGCAUCAGCAGACUCAUAUGCUCUGCCAAGCAGCAGCCCACUAUACUCAGAGUGUCCAUCGACGGUGUGGAGUGGAAUGACGUCAAGUUCUUCCAAUUGGCUGCCCAGUGGCCCACGCACGUCAAGUACCUUCCCAUUGGCCUGUUCGGCUACAGCAAGCCGCCCUCCUAAGCUAAGGCCCGCCUCUUCCUGCAGCCCCCCAGCCAACCAGAACCAACACCUUCCAAGCCUUUCCAAUCACAGAGCAGUGAUUGGGCGGCAAGGCUGGUCUUCUCGAAAAUACCGUUCAGUAGAUGUAUUAUCCCGCCUUGGUGUUUUAAAACGUUUUUAUUUCUCUUUAGUGUGGGGUGGGAGGUACAGAUUUCAUUUGAUUUGAGUGUUACAGUGUGUGUGUGUGUGUGUGUGUGUGUG